GAUAGGACGCGCACGGAGUCACAUUGCAGGAGAAAACGAUACGGCGAACGUGGGACAGGACAGGACAGGACGGUGCGGGAAAGGCGCGCGUCGGAGCGGUUUUUCGGGGAUGUUUGGAGAUGUUGUUUGACGCACGACGCGGAGGGAGACGUCCAGAAGCGAGGGUGAAGAUGUAGCGAGGACUAUUUGACGUGAAAUUGUUAAUAUUUAUCGCGCAGGGGGCUGGACUUGUUGUGGAGGAGACAGACAGGAACACGAGAAGGACGAGAGAGCCGGAUCUUUUUCACUUCGUCUACGCGGCAUGUCAGCUUAGUCCUCCGAGCGAGCAAGAACGGAGAGAUGUUGUCCACGGCUCAGCAGAUGCUUCAGGACAGCCGCUCCAAAAUCGAACUCAUCCGCCUCCAGAUCAUCAAAGUGGCCCAGUCCGGCGUCAACGGCAACAGCGAGGACGGCGGCCACGAUGAAACCCGCGGGGACACAGACGGAGACAAUCACGAAGGUGUGUGCGAGGGGGAGCGGGGCCCCGUGGACCCCCGUGUGGCCGAACUGCGUCACUACAUCCAGAGAGAGACGGACGCUCUGACUCUGGCCAAAGACCUGGUCCGACAACUGCAGGGCAUCGCAGCGCUGGACCACAAUGCUCUGCAGGAGGCGGAGAUCCGGCUGCACGAGUCGUCUCAAAAGUUGGAUCUGCUGCGUCUGUCGCUGGAGAAGUAUCUGAAGGAAAACGAGUCUUUAAAGGAAACAAACGAAAACAAACCUGAAGCUCCCCUGUCCACCUCCUCCUCCAACCACUCCAUCAGACCUGCCGCUCUCACAGGUAAACUUGAAGUGACGCUGCUCGGCUGUGAGGAUUUACUGGAGCCCGCCUUAACCUCGCUUCAGCAAACAAGUCCCCAGAACGGCGCCACAACUGCCCCGGAGGUGGGUGCGGUGCUGCGUCUGGACGGCAGAGUGACGGGCCGAACCAAGUGGGGCACAGUGGGGAAGCUCGCCUGGGACCAGAGCUUCUGUUUACAGCUGCAGCGGUCUCGUGAGCUGGAGGUAGCGGUGUUCUGCCGGGAUCCUCAGACCAUGUGUGCGCUCAAGUUUGUGCGUCUGGAGGAAAUGAUGGAGAAACAGCAGCAGACUGUAACUCUGGAGCCACAGGGACUGCUCCACGUCCAGCUUCAUUUUCUGGACACGAUUGUGGAGCGUCAGCCCAAAGUGAGGAGACAGCGCUGCAUCUUCACUAAAGAACGAGGUAAAAACUUCCUUCGCGCGGCUCAGAUGAACAUGAACUUUGCGACGUGGGGACACCUGAUGAUGAGCAUUCUGCCUCGGUACAGCUCCUUCUCCACCUUCAGCUCCUCCUUCCACACCUCCACCACUCCAGACGUCUUCUCCGAAAACUCCACAAGCAACCGCCCGGACGCAGAGACGCCCGCUCAGACCCUCCGAGCACUGCCAAAUGAGCCUCCGAUCAUUAACUUGAGCAUCUCAGACAAUCCUCCUCUCUCCAACGGCCUGGACCGAGAAUCCUCAUCCGGCUCCGAACUCCAGGAAAACAUGUUGUCUCUGAGCGAUUCAGAAGGAAAUGAAGACCAGCCAAUCACUGCUUUGAAGAUGCAGAGAGAAGAUUUCAGAUACGUGUCGGUUCUGGGCAGAGGACAUUUUGGAAAGGUUUUGUUGGCUGAAUUUAAGAAAAAGGGAAAACUUUACGCCAUUAAAGCCUUGAAGAAGAAGGAGAUCGUGACUCGAGAUGAAGUGGACAGCCUGAUGAGCGAGAAGCGGAUUUUCGAGAUGAUAAACGCCUCCCGUCACCCGUUCCUGGUGAAUCUGUUCGGGUGUUUCCAGACGGACGAGCACGUCUGCUUCGUCAUGGAGUAUCUGCCCGGAGGAGACCUGAUGAUCCACAUCCACACUGAUCCUUUCACCGAGGAACAGACCAGGUUUUACUCGGCCUGUGUGGUUUUGGCCCUCGAGUUCCUCCAUCAGAACAAAAUCAUCUACAGAGACCUGAAACUGGACAACAUCCUGCUGGACAGAGAUGGAUACGUCAAGAUGACCGACUUUGGGCUCUGUAAAGAAGGGAUGGGUCACGGGGAUCGCACCUCUACGUUCUGUGGCACUCCCGAGUUCUUGGCCCCGGAGGUUCUCACGGACGAUAACUACACCAGGGCCGUGGACUGGUGGGGGCUGGGAGUGCUCAUAUUUGAGAUGCUGGUGGGAGAGUCUCCGUUCCCCGGUGAGGAUGAGGAGGAGGUGUUUGACAGUAUUGUAAACGAUGACAUCCAGUACCCAUCCUGUAUUCCACCGACCGCUGUGGCCACUCUGCAAAAGCUGCUGAAGAGAAACCCUUUAAAGAGACUCGGCUCUGGAGAAAGAGACGCCAACGAGAUCAAGGGAGAGAAGUUCUUUGAGAGCAUCGACUGGGACGCUCUGCUGUCGAAGAAGCUGCCUCCGCCCUUCCUCCCGGUGAUUAAGGCGUCUCUGGAUGUGAGUAACUUCGACAGCGACUUCACGGCUCUGAGGCCCGAGCUGUCCCCGCCCUCGUCCCCCACGGCGCUCACUCCGGAGCAGCAGGAGGCGUUCAAGGACUUCGACUUCUGCGCGCUGCACGGAUAAAACACAGCAACUCCACGUGGGAAAACAGGGAGAGGAAGGGCAAAAGGUUAAAGGUCUCGUAUUACGCCAGGGAUGUAACAGUAACCGAAAUAUCGUCAAAAGUAUCGUCAAAAAUCUCAAAAUAAUACCGUGGGCCAUCACAAUUUAUCGAAGUUGGACAGCUCAUUUCACUAAAACAGAGUUAAGAUAGUUCUAUUUGAGAUUUUUCUAAAGACUUGACUUUUCUUUUCCCAAUUUGGUCAUUUUUUAGGUUUAAAAUUUGACAUUGUAGUUGGAAAUCUUGACGUCACGCUGGAAAAUUCCACAACUUUUACCAAGCAAAACUCCUCUAAUGUCACAGAAAUUAAUAUUUGACAAAUAAAAAUAUAAAAAAAACACCUUUACAUUAUUGAAAUAAAGUUUAAAAGUAUCAGAAAAAUUGUGUUUCAUACUUUUGGACAGAAUUCUCCCAGUGUGAUGCCAUCAAUAUGGGACGUUCUACUUCCUGUAGUUUUCAACAUAUCUUUAAUUUUCUUCACAAGUUGAUUCUUGAUUUGUCUAAAAAUAUAAUUUAUAUUUACAACAAGUAUUAACCCACCAAAUUAAGUCAAAAUUCAUUAUACACCUUUUACAUUCUUUGUUAUGGUGCAGGAAGAGCUAAAAGAAACAGAGGGAACUACAAAGCCCAUGAUCCUUUGCUCUGUUUCAGUCCAAUCUACACAAUGAAAUCACUUUUUUAAGCACGUUUAAAGGCAUUUUUAAAGGUAUAACUAGUAUAUAUACCAUUUUAAUAGCCUCAAAAGUGCAAAAUAUCGCAAUAAAUAUUGUUCCUUGAGAUGCGUAUUGUGAAAAAAUCGUGUUUGGGUAUCGUUACAUCCCUACGUUAUGCUAAAUAUACUUUUUGAAUGCGCUACCAUGCUAUAAGCUAACGUCGUCCCUUUAACAAAAACACAGCAGAAGUUCUGUUUUGUGUUUUGUUCGAUUUAUUUUCUAAAGUUAAAAGUUGCGUUCACAAAAUUACACCACAAAAUCCUGAAGAGUCAUGAUGUCAUAUUUCUACCUCUAUAGACGUGAAUGUUUAUUACAUUUUUAUUAUUUAUUUCAUUUUAUUAUUUAUGUAUUUAUUUAUGUAUUUAUUUUAUUUAUGCAUGUAUUUAUUUAUUAUAUUUUAUUUAAAUUUAUUUUAUAUUUAUUUAAUUUAUUUAAAUUUAUUUUAUUACCAUAUAAUAAUAAUAAAAUGCUGUAGACAUUUUUUCGCCUUAGUACAGAUCUAUUGUAACAGCAGCUCUGCCCUGUCUGCAUCUGAUUAUCAAGUGUUUUUAUUGUCCGCGAACCAGGAAGUAACACUGAUGCUCUGUUGGCAUGCUAAUAGUUGUUAGUAUUACGUAUAAUAAGGACAGUAACCUUGCACCGCUGCAAAAACGUUUAAAAUGAGUGAAGUCUUUUUUGUGUUUUUAAGACAGAGAAAAUCUGGUACAGCGUCUUUAAAGGUGCACUGUGUAACUUUUCGGUUGGGAGUCACGUUCUUGUUUCCAUGGAGAUGUCAUUGCUUUGUCUGGAAUGUUCCACAUUAAACAGCUCUACUUUACAUUUAUUCAAUUACAGGUGGUUUUAUAGCUCAAAAAUCCCUAGAAAAACAGACAUUUUGACUGUGAGCGGCGUCGCCUCUCCACAGAUCUGACCUGUAACUUGGUCUGGUUUGGUCUCCGUGAAGAUGAGAGAAAGGUUUAAUGCCAUACUGCGAAACAUUCCGGACAAAGCAAUAACAUCUCCACGGAGAAAAGUGUUUGGCGGACUUCCACUAGAAAAAAAUCUGUGUGUCAUUUGUUCAUUCGUUUAUCAAAAUAAAACCAAAAAUACUAAAACUAAAAAACAACUAUUUUCUUCAUUAUUUGUCUCCAAAACCAAAAUGAAAAAAAAAAAACAGAUAAUGAUUUGUUUUUUCAGUUUUAGGUUUUGUGUUU